AUGAAGUGGCAGUGCCAAGACUUCCAACUGGUGAAGACGAAGCGCAGCUGCCGGGAGUCAGCACGGCCAGAUGCCGCUGCUGAUGUACCAUGUGUUCCAAACAGGGCAACAGUGUGUUUGUGUGUGAGCUUCGGGAAUGACAAAUCCGAUGCACGGUCCGUCACUGAAAUGAGUCGUACCGGCUACUGCUGUCAACAUUGCUGCUGUUUUGGAAUCAUAGACCGUAGAAGACACUGCUCUGCGGGGAAUGGAUCAAUUAUAAGAACCUGCGCAUAA